AUGAUUGCUACCAUAUCCACUGACCAUGAGGAUACAUCGAGCAAAGACCGAAUUGGAAACGUCUAUGCCGCUCUUGCACGGACAGCCACCCGGAGUCUGGCGCUAUAUUUUUCUAGGCCUGUUCGCCUCUUCCGGCCUUCGAAAGUAAGCGGAUGGCACUCUCUGAAAGGUCUCGCCUUGCAACAUGGUUCUUCGUUGAAUCUGGGAUACAUACGGUUGUUGGUCAAAGACCAUGGUAUUAUGGUAAUACCGAAACACCUUGUUCCACCAAUGGUGGUGAACGCACUCCUAGGUGCGGUGCUCUGGUCGACUUAUUCCGAAGCAUCCGCCGUUCUUUCACCGUACUUAAAUACACACCCCACGACUCUGGCUGCUACGGCAGGCGCCAUUUCUGGGGCUACACAGGCUUUGAUCGCCGCUCCAGCUGAGAAUGUGAGACUCGUUAUUGAAGGGGGUGCUGGUGGGCAUGGGUGGUCUCACGCCUGGAAGGAGGUAUUCAGAGGCACACAGGUUGUAGGACACACGAAGCGUCGGCAAAUAGAAGAUAUACGCCAAGUAAGGUAUUGGAUGAAAGAAGUCGGCGAUAUGGCUGGUAGAGGCUGGGAUGGCUGGGGUUGGGGUUGCGCUAAAGACGCUUGUGGCUUCGCAGCGUUCUUUACAAUGUUCGAAAUAACACGACGCACAGCUACCCAGGUCGAGAACAAGUCUCGGGAUUUUGCGGCACGAUGGGACGAUAUAUCUGAUAAGCCCCGCGCUUCUUUCGUCCACCACAUUCCCCGAAUACUCCAUGGGGUCACUCUGGUCACAGGCGGCGCUUUGGCUGGACUUGCGUAUGAAUACGUCAGUCGUCCUUUCGAUGCUGCCAGAAAGGCAGUUAAAAUAGAGGGUGUAAUCCACCCGGGCGAAAGGUAUUCCCCAUGGCAGGCUCUCAUACGUAAAUUCCGGGACGACGGACUCCCGUAUUUUUUUCGUGAUCCAGCAGCAAGUCAUUUCGAACAUAAUAGCGGCACUCAUCACAAAUACAAACGCCUCGCCUCCAUGCUCAGAAUUCUCGGUCGUGUUGGUCCAUGGGGGGUUGGGUUCUUGGUGUGGGAGGCAUACGGACCGAGCAUAACAUCAUGA